AUCAAAACCCUCAAAGAAAAUCAAAAGGGAAAGUUAAUUAGCGAAAAUGGAUCCUGAUGCUUUCUCAGCGAGCUUGUUCAAGUGGGACCCAAGAGGUGCUAUGCCGCCGACGAACAGGCUACUCGAGGCGGUGCUGCCGCCGCCUCCUCCGCCGCCGUCGUCGGCCUACUCCGUGAGGCCGAGAGAGCUCGGCGGUUUGGAGGAGCUUUUUCAAGCUUAUGGGAUAAGAUACUACACCGCCGCGAAAAUAGCGGAGCUCGGGUUCACUGUGAACACGCUCUUGGAUAUGAGGGACGAGGAGCUUGAGGAGAUGAUGAACAGCCUCUGCCAGAUUUUCCGGUGGGAUCUCCUCGUCGGCGAGAGGUACGGAAUCAAGGCCGCCGUGAGAGCUGAGCGGCGCCGCCUUGAUGACGAGGAAGCACGGCGGCGCCACCUCCUCUGCGGCGACGCCACCACUCAUCAUGCCCUUGACGCCCUCUCUCAAGAAGGGUUGUCGGAGGAGCCGGUGCAGCAGCAGGAGAAGGAGGCGGCGGGGAGCGGCGGAGGAGGGGUGUGGGAGAUGGUGGUGGCGGCGGGUGGCAGGAAGCAGCAGCGGCGGAGGAAGAACUGCAGGGGGCGGUCGAGAAUGGCGGCGUCCAUGGACGAUGACGACGACGACGACGACGAUGAAACUGAGGGGGCGGAGGAUGACGAGAACUGCGGCGGAGGGGGUGGAGGUGGUGGAAGCGAGAGGCAGAGGGAGCACCCGUUCAUAGUGACGGAGCCGGGGGAGGUGGCGCGUGGGAAGAAGAACGGACUUGAUUACCUGUUCCAUCUGUAUGAACAGUGCCGCGAGUUCUUGAUCCAAGUUCAGAACAUUGCCAAGGAGAGAGGUGAAAAAUGCCCUACCAAGGUGACGAAUCAAGUUUUCAGGUACGCGAAGAAGGCAGGGGCGAACUACAUCAACAAGCCCAAGAUGCGGCACUACGUCCACUGCUACGCGCUCCACUGCCUCGACGAGGACACCUCCAACGCGCUGCGACGCGCCUUCAAGGAGAGGGGCGAGAACGUAGGCGCGUGGAGACAAGCGUGCUACAAGCCGUUGGUGGCAAUCGCCGCCAGGCAAGGGUGGGAUAUCGACGCCAUCUUCAACGCCCAUCCUCGCCUUUCCAUAUGGUAUGUCCCCACCAAGCUCCGCCAGCUCUGCCACGCUGAGAGGAGCUGCGCCGCCGCCGCCGCGUCGACAUCCAUCUCCGGCGGUGGGGUUGAUCACUUGCCCUUCUAGUGGCUGAACAAACAAACAAACAAACUAUGGGUGGUUUUGACUUUUGGGGGGAAAGUUUAAUUUUAAGGGACUAAAUUGAACGAAAGUUUAAUUUUAAGGGACUAAAUUGAACUUUUUUUAGUAUUUGGUGGAUUUUCUUGUAAUUUUUUUUUUAAGAAGUUUGGAGUUUCGUAACCAUGGCUGUUUUUUUAGCUACCAAUCUUAAAUUAUGGCUAGGAGAGGAAAUCGGAUCGAAAUUAGCAUUUUUGAAAAUGCAAAACUAAUUUCAAUUCCGAUAAAAAAAAAAAUCA